ACAAACAUGAUUUAUAUGAUGAAUAAGGAUAGAAAACAUAUUAAAUUGAAUUUUGUCUUCAUGGGAGAUUCAAGAAUUCGUCAACAGUUUUACAACUUUCUAAAGUUGAUUCCAGACUAUGAUCGAGUAACAAAUCCAACUCAAAUACCAAAAAUGUGGACUGCAUUUCAUGGUGAUGUUGACGUAGAUAGUAGCAUUCUUAGUUUGCGAGUGUCAUUCAAAUGGCGACAUCUUAUUAACGAUGAUGCUAUAAGAGUUAUGUAUCAAUGGGUAGCUUCUGAACAAACGGAGAGACCAAAUUUAAUUUUUUUGGGCAUUGAAGUGUAUUACAUGAUGCAACAGUAUGGGGCCAAUUUUCAACUUUAUAACAAAAAUCUAAUGGAAUUACGACUUAUUCUUCAAAAAUUAUCAAAUAUCACCCAAGUGAUUUGGUUGAAUCAAUAUCCAACCCUAGAACGUUACGGAAACAUAAACGAUCGUAAUACUGAUAUUCAUUCAACGAAGAUUCAUCACUACAACAAAUACGUUCAUCAUAUAUUUGGGAAUGAAAGUAACAUUCGAAUAUGGGAUUCCGGUAAUCCACUGGCAGAGGAAUAUGUUCGAGGUUGUGAAAUUUUAGAACGCGAAAUUCCUAAUCCACAGUUUAUUAAAACGGGACCAGAACAGUUUAUCAACAGCAGACCAUACGUUAACUGCUUGGAUUUUAUUCAUACGGGAUAUUUAGCCUUAUCAAAAGCCACUCAACUUCUAUAUAAUGACAUAUGUAACGCGAAAUUGUUUUCAGAACAAGUGUAUAAAACUUUCAAAUAGGGGACA